GCGGGCGCGCGCGCGGGCCGGCCUCGCUCCACGCACACUACCUCAUACCACAUCUCGCGCUCCCCCAAGCCGGUUGUCAUCUCCCAAACCGGUUGAGCUCUGACGCCAGGUGAUACCAAAGUGCCAGCGACGUAAUAGUGAACCAGUGUUUUAGUUUUGUUUGGACAACUUGUGAACUCAGUGGAAAUGGAAGAUAAGCCGUACAGUGUUGACAGUUCGGACGAUAUCAAUAUCGACGAAGACGAGCAUAUUGAGGAGAAUCACAGUUACCCUCCGGACUUCCCGAUCGAGGCGUUGGUGAAGCUGGAGCGUCCCUCCCCUCCCCUCCCGACCCCCCCGCACACCCCCACGGACGACACCCCCCCCGCGGUGGUGGUCUCCCGCCACCAGCCGCGCGCCUGGCCGCUGCCCUACCCGUCCUACCCGCGCCCAGUCAUGAACGCACCCUACGAGAAGCUCCCAGUGCCACCGCAGGCCUACCCGCACCCCGCCAUGCAGGCCUACGUGCAAGCGCAAGUCACCGCUCUGCAGCCGACAGCGCCCUACCAAGCCAUGAUCUUCAACCAGUGGAUCAGGAACACCGCGCUGUACCACCACUCUCUGCGGUACCCGGGCGCCAUGGCCCAGAGAAUGCCCGGCCGCAACCCGCCGCCGCUCCGAGCGCCCGGCGCCCCCGGCACCAGGCCCAAGAAGCAGUUCAUCUGCAAAUACUGCAACAGACAGUUCACCAAGUCGUACAAUCUGCUGAUCCACGAGCGUACCCACACCGACGAGCGGCCCUACUCGUGCGACAUCUGCGGGAAGGCCUUCCGCAGACAAGACCACCUCAGAGACCACAGAUACAUUCACUCGAAAGAAAAGCCUUUCAAGUGUACAGAAUGCGGGAAAGGUUUCUGCCAGUCGCGGACCCUGGCGGUUCACAAGAUCCUCCACAUGGAAGAGUCUCCUCACAAGUGCCCGGUUUGCAACAAGAGCUUCAACCAGAGGUCUAACUUGAAGACGCAUUUGAUGACUCACACUGACGCCAGCAAACAUCACUUGGAGCACCUAGAUGCUUGCCAAGAGGUUUCUUCCACAAGCCAAGUUCCAGAGAGUUCUCUGUUGGACCUUUCGCACAAGCCUUCAACUCCAAAUCAGUCAUACCCACCUCAACCCGUAGCGUGUCCCUCUCAACAAUCACCUGUCGAAGCACCAAAAAAACCAUUAGGUUUCUCUAUAGAAGACAUUAUGAAGCGCUAAUUUCAAACCAUUAUUUUCAAAUAUUUGCCAAAGAUACUUGUUUCUCACCGACUGAUCACUAACAUUUCAUUGUAUAAUGCAUGAUCUCAGUAGAUUGUAAAUAACUCAUAAUAACUUUUAACAAGAUCAAUAGUAAUUCUUUGCAAAUAUUCGAAUUUCAUCUUUAUUUGAUGUAGAAAAAGACUGACAUUUAUGUUUAAAUAUUUUAUGUUAUUUGUUAUGUUUGUAUUAUUUUAUUUAUGGUGAAUUUCUUUAGUCUUAAGUUUAUAGAAAACUAAAGUUACCGAAAAGUAUUACCGACAUCUAUUCCAAAUUAUGAGGCUAUGAUGACUUCUGUUAGGAAUCCUCUCAAAGAUAUUGUAAGUAUAAUUGAUAUAGUUAUAUAGGGUAAGGUUUCAACUGUAAAUUUUGUAAAUAUGUUAAUUAGAUUAUAGUUUCUUAAGUUUGAGGCUAAACUUACAAAUUCUAAAUAUAAGUAUCUAAAAAUUAAAAGAAAAUACAAUCGUCUACUUA